AUGAGCACCAACGCCGACCUCCUCGGUCUCAGCCAAGACACGCGACCCGUGAUUUCAAUAUCGGCCUCACAGUCUCUCAAUGAGCUAGCUAUAGGCCACGAGCCAGUUUCCACCGGCGUGGCGCGUCUGGACCAAGUGUUGAGCGCGUCGGAUCAAGGGCCGGGUGGGAUUCUGCGCGGUCAAGUCACAGAAGUAUUCGGUCCACCAGGUGUAGGCAAGACCUCACUGGCAUUACAAUCAGUAAAAGAGCUAGACAACCUGAUCUAUUUCCGCACACCAACUCUACCACACCUUCUAGCUCUACUACUCCAACCACCAGCCAACUUCCCACCAAGCUCAACAUCCCUAAUAGUAGUUGAUACAGUCUCAUCUCUCUUCCCAGCCUACUUCCCUAACGCAGCAGAUCUAAAAGACCGACUCGCCCAGGGCAAAAUCACCGACAAGGCCCAGCUGCAAUGGCUGCUUAAUCGCAAGUGGAACGUAUCCAGCGAAUUAGCCACGCACUUGACCAGUCUCGCUUCGCGCAAUAUCGCCGUGCUGGCUAUCAAUCAGACGCAUACUAAAAUAAAGGGCCAACCGCGCGCUACGCUGCAUCCUGUGCUGGCGGGCGGUGGCUGGGAGAAUUGUGUCCAGACGCGCAUUGUGCUGUAUCGGGAUCUUCCUGAUGCUAGAUUUGCAGAAAUUACGAAGCGGGCUGGGAGGAUUUUGCCUGUUCGGAUGGCUGAGUUGAUUGUUCAAUUUCGGAUUGAAGCGGAUGGUAUUCGAGAGCCUGAGAGAUCACCCGAGCAUGAUUCUCCACAUCAGAGCUCCCCUGCUCUCCCUCAACCUCUUCCUGAUGUUCUAGAGCCGACACCAACCCGCAAGAGAAAAGCUGAGGCUGAAAUCGCCGAUAGCCAGGAUGAAGAGUCAGACGAAGGGUAUGAGUGGAUGAAUGAUACAUUAGAAAAUGAGGCGUGA